AAAAUUACGAGGGUGUACCAAAUGUUUGGUAUACUCAGUGUAUGUAGUAAUUAAGAGCUCUCUCAAUAACCAUUCUCACGAUAGCAUAUUGGUAGUUGUCAGUGACAAAUAUCAAAGCUAAGCAGGGCUGGGAUUGGUUAAAACCCUGGAUGGGAGACCAAAUGAAUAGCUGUAGAUAGAUCAAUUCUCCAUUAGGAGGUGGUAGCCAGCCUAUUGUUUUAUUUUCUCAUAGUGGAUAUAGUGAUGUUGUUUCACAGUUUCAAAUUCCACACAUUUUAUACAAGUUUGUCUAUCUUGAGAAUUCGUUACAAUGAUGACAUAAUCUGUGGUUGAUUCCAUGUCAGAAUACGUUGACAAAUUACGUUGAUUUAACCAGUUUGUGCCCAGUGGGUAGUAACUUGAAGAGUGACUUACCCAGCACCCACUUCUGCAUGGUGCACGGUGUGAUCAUGGUCAAUUAUGCAUGCUUUCGUUAAUCUUUCGAUUUGUGCUGGUUGUAUUAGUUCUGGAAAGCAUGGUCUUUCUCUGAUUUCAUUUGGAAUAUUUCGAUUUCCAUUCAGAAGAGAUUCUUCAGACACUCUGUCUCCUUCUCGUCCUCACCCUCGUCCUCACCCUCGUCCCACCCCUCUGUCCAGACAUACCUCAGUGAAGGUGAAGAAAGAGAGGAAAAAAGCUCCUCCUGACCCUAAUGCCCCGCUUCCUCCUCUUCAUCCUCAUCCUUCUAUGCCCACUGCAGCAGAGGUCAAGAAGGAGAGAAAAGAGUCGUCAGAUUACAAACCCGUUUCUCUGAAGGUGACGUCAUCUGACCAUGUGAAAAAGGACAGAAAAGACUCAGAUAGCAAAGUGCCCAAAAGACCAUCUGUUGAUGCCAAGAAAGAAAGAAAGGAUUUGUCAGAUUCCAAACCAAAACCUGCUAAAAGGCAGAGUCUGGACUCGUCAGAUUCCAAACAAAAACCUCCUAAAAGGCCAAGUCUGGAUGGCAAGAAAGACAGGAGGGACUCUAUGGAUUCCAAGACUGGCAGCUCACCCUCAGCUAAGAAGCUCUCUAGCGAGAUGAAAGAAUCUCAUGGCUCCAAGUCCUCUCACCCUGGCCCUCUGCAGAGAAAGUCCUCAACGGACAGUAUUGAACGGAGAGGGAAACCAGAGAUGCCAAAGAUCCCAACCACCCCCACCAGUCCCAUGUCCCCCCCCUUCAGCUCAGCAGGGGUUCCCCUGUCCCCCCACCUGGCCACUGGAGAAACCAUCAGGGACAAGUGCAUCGAGAUGCUGGCUGCUGCUCUACGCACAGAUGACAACUUCAAAGAAUUUGGGACAAACUGUGAUUCCAUGGCAGCAGAGAUUGAAGAUCAUAUUUACAAGGAGAUGGGAGCCACAGAUAUGAAGUAUAAAAACAGGGUGCGAAGCCGCAUCAGCAACCUGAAGGACCCCAAAAACCCUGGGCUGCGGAGGAACGUCCUGGCUGGAGGCAUCGAGCUGAGACGCUUCGCCAUCAUGUCUGCUGAGGAGAUGGCUAGUGAUGAGCUGAAGCAGCUGAGGAACAAUCUGACUAAGGAGGCCAUUAGGGAACACCAGCUGUCCAAAACCAGCGGUACAAUUUCUGACCUGUUUCAGUGCAGCAAGUGCAGCAAAAAGAACUGCACAUACAACCAGAUGCAGACCCGCAGCGCUGACGAGCCUAUGACCACUUUUGUUCUGUGUAACGAGUGCGGGAACCGCUGGAAGUUCUGCUGAUGUGGCCCAGCUCCAAUGACGAUGUUGCAGACCACAUUGAACAACUGACGACUCCGUUUUUUUUCUAUGAGGGGAAAGGGGGUUAUAACGUUUAGCGAUGAGUCAUUUUACAAAAACAAAAAAUGAAUACUUACGAUUAAUAAUUUACUUUUUAAGAUGUGCAUGCCCAUGUGCUUUUAAUGGGGGUUGAAAACAUUUUAUUAAGAGGCAGGGGUUGAGACAGUCUCCAGAUGGAUGGCAGUGUCAUUUAAUCUGUCCUGGUUGGACACAGGUAAUUCAAUGGUGCUGAGGAGAUGCAGCAGUCUUUUAUGAAUUUCACAGACAACAAAAUUGUUUUAUGCAUCUCUUAAUUUUUUUGUAUAUUCUAUUUAAAUCCGCAAAGACCACAGAACAAAUCAGAAAUACAGUAUGAAAGUUUAUCAUGCAACCCGUUUCAAUUAAAACAUAUUUCUUGUUAAAAUCUCAAGCCGCAACUUCUGAGGUUUUAUUGUCACCGUUUGGGCUUCAGUUUGGGCUUCAGGGAAUAAUAUGAUUAUUUUGUCUAGAUAAGGUAAAGACCAAAAAACUGUAUUUAUGUCAUUUGUGGGUUUCGCUCUGUGACAUUUCAAAAGAGCAGCUAAAAUGUCCAGAAAUAUUUAUGAAUAAGUGGAGUUGAUUAUUUUCAUAUGUACUGUAUAAUAUCUAGAAUAGUAGUAACAUAUUUGCCUACAUAUUGCUUUGCAUCAUAACAGAAUGAGUAAACAGUAUAAAAAUUAUACUAAUUUAUGAACAAUUAUGUCAUUGUCAAAUUGUGUUUGAACAACAGGUGAAAUGGAAAGUCAAAAUACUCUACCAAUAAGAGUAGCCACAAGAUGGCGGGGAAGAGUAAUUUAUCCUGUAAGAGCACCCACUUGCAAAUGACCUAUCAUUUAGGGAGUGAAUGUUAUUCAUAAUGAGGGUUACAUGGAGAAAAUCGGACCUCUCUGAAAUGAAAAUGGACGGCCCUUCAGCAAAAUAUAUUUUACCUAAC